AUGGAGGAGUGUUCUGAUGAGGUCGAAAUCGCCCCGAUUUCUCCUUUAACCGAGACCAAUCCUGGUCGAACUCGGAGGAGAAAAUCGUCAGUUAAUUCCGAAUCUACUACGUCCAGGAGACCAAGGAGUAGUCGACUGCGGCAGGUGGCGAUUGGGAAUCAGCUGGAGCGAUGGGACGCAAUGAAAACCCGACUGGGAUUGGAAUCGCAUGCACAGCUUGCUGAAGUGCUUUUGGAUGGCAUGGAAGCAACAGUUGAAGGAGAUGUUGUGUGGGGCUCAAAGUGCAAUGACCCCAAACUCAAAAGUAAACUUGCCAGUUUCUUCAAGAGAAAAGGAAUCGCUGCCCUUGUUAUACAAAGGGCCCGAAAAGCUGCAACCCCAAAACCAAGCCAGCGAAGGAAAAAACAGCCAGUCAAAAUCAAGAUAAAAAUCAUGAAGAAAGAGCCGAAGAUUGUGAAACCUAAGGGUGAGAAUGGACAAGGAGGGCAAGAUGCGGAGAUUGUGAGCCAUGGGGAGGAGGAUGAGGAGGGCGAGAUUAUUGAUGACUUUGAGGACCAAGACUUCUCCCCACAUGAACCGAGUCGCCAUGGCUUGAAGAAGGCGUGGCUAGGGCGUCACCUUAAAGGAAAGAAGAAGUCACUGCGACAGAGGAAAAGAUCUCUUCCAAAGCCAGAAACAGACGAGGAAUUGGAGGAAUUAGAAGCAGCUGCCAUGGAAGAUGAGGAGGAGGAAGAAGAGGAGACGAUUAAAGAAGAGAAGAAUGCCAAAGGUCCGAGGAGGAAGUUACGUCAAACCAGCGCCCGAAAGAAGCGUAUGAAACGCUUUAAAAUCAAGCAGAGAAGGGUUAGAUCGGCAACGAAGACAGUCGAGGAACUGUUUGGGCCCGACGCUGUUCUCGCUCAAGUCUACUGCUGUCGCAAAUGCACAAGCCAGCUUGACUCAGCAGACGUGAUGAAGGCUCACUGGCAGACACAUCUAGCUGAAGAGGAAGACACCACUGCUGUUAAAGCUGCACAGGAUGGGUCGCCCGAAGGAACAUCUCAAGGAGGUGAGGAGGGUGACGAGACAAAGCCAGUAGGAGUUGAGGCAGAAGAUGGAGGUGAUGGCGAUCCAGAAGUCCCUGAAGACGUUAAGAGGAUUGCUAGGGUCCUUACUCGCUGCCCCUUGUGCCAAAAACUGUUCUCCAAUAUCCUAGCCCACACUGCUUGCCACUCAAACUACCUUUGCGAAGAAUGCGGUAUUAUGUUUCGCCAGAGGCGCUCUCUGAAGCUCCACCACCGAGCCGUACAUGAGCUCGGGGAGACUGGCCAGCUGCCGUUUGUUUGUAGCCGCUGCGGCCGUGCCUUCCGCUGGGAAGCUAGCCUGCGCAAACAUCGCACGCUACAUUCCCAGCAUCGCCAGUUUAUCUGCCAGACGUGCGGCAAGAGCUUCAAAGUCCAAGCACAUCUCAAACGGCAUGUGAUCAUGCAUGAGGAGGUCAAGCCAUUUGUCUGCCCCCACUGCGGUCGACGCUUCACCGAACUCUCAAACAUGAAAGUUCAUACCCGCGUUCACACUGGAGAGAAGCCGUACAUCUGCGACGUUUGCCAAAAAGCAUAUGCCCACAAGGUGAGUCUGAAGACUCACAAAAAGAAAGAACAUGGCAUCGAUAUGUGGCAGCUUGGCUACAUCACACAACCUGUCAUUGAAUUUGAUGAUGAUGGUAAAGAGACUGAGUACAGCAUCGCCAGGAGGUCUCGCCGCCCCAGUAUUUUCAACUCCUCAGGCAAAAGUAGGAAAAGGAAACACCUUGACGAAAAAGUUACACCGCCCCCUCUAGAUGUUCCGAUGAAAGCCGAACAAGUCUCCAAGUUUGUCAGAGAGAAGAAUCAGGAGAGACAUCCGAGGUUAAAUGAUAGUGCAGAAGACGUUAACAAUGAGCCGCCUACAGUUCCUGCGCAACAAGCACCCCAGCUUUAUGCAGAACCAAAGAUGCAAACUCCAAUACAACAGCAGCACAACACCUACCAGCAACAUGCUCAAAUCCAGGCUCUCAACCAGCCACAACCAGAGGUUCACCCCCAGCAGCACAUGCACCCGCAGCAGCAGCACCACAUGCAGAUGCACAACCAGUCCUACGGGCACAGCCACCCUAGCGAGUCAUCACAGCAGGUGAUGGACGACGAUGCAGACAGUGAACCCUGCUCGGCUGAAGAGGAAGAGAACCCUCGAUUACUUCACGCUGAGCUGAUCACCAAUCAGAUGCGCCAUGCACAGCGUUUACAAAUGCCAGAAACUAACAAUCACCCAUCACAGCCACUGCCCUUACAGCUUCCCCAGUCCCAGUCAAUACAGCAUCAGCAGCAGCAGCAGCUUCCACCGCAUACCCAGACACAACCCUUGCCACAUAUACAGAUACCCAGCAUGAGGCAGCACCCUCCACAAGCUCACCAGGCCAAUCAAAGGCCCUCAUUGCCAAGUUUUGAGUCGGUCACCAGCACUGACAGACAGGGUCAUUCUCAGUACCGUCAGAGUAUGAUGAACACUAUGGCUGGACUUGACAUCAAUGCUCUGGUUGCUGGAACGAUGCCGUAUAUGUACUGGGGAUCGCAGCAAUAUCAAGGUGCUCCUUCUUACAUUCAAAGGAAUAACGAAGACACAACCAUGGAGACUCCCAAACAGUGAGCACAUAAGUAUUGUUUGAAACUUUGCAUGGUGUGCAUCAAUAGGAAGAAACUAUAAAUAGUAAACUU